AUGUGUGACGUUAUGACAACGUAGGCAACAACAUUUGUUUCACUUUCUUUAGUGUGGAGGAUUUCUGACGCAGUCAUACAAAGUGUAACCGCUGAGUGAACAACUGACGGUAAAAUAACAUCUAAUAAGACAAUAAGAGUGUGAGUCUGUGCCGCGGACUGAUCAGCUGAUCGGAUCAUUAAUAACUGACUGGAAAUCGAUUAUUGAUCAUCGUCAGAUUGAACACAACAGUUAGUCUCCAGUUGAUUUAGUCUCUGAUGUUUCUGGCAGUGUGACAUUAUGGCGGCUGCAGCAACAGAUAUGCAACCCCUGAAGAACAGCAGCAGCUGUGAAUAUCUGCCACCUGACAUGUAUGAGCUGAGGGUUGUUCUGCUGGGGAACAGCUGGUCUCAGAGGAGUUCAGUGGGGGACUUCAUACUGAGACAGACUAUCUUCAACAAAGCACCAGACUGCUGUGUGAGAAUUGGUGGACCGUUGGAGGAGAAAAAAAUUGUUGUUAUCAACACCCCAGAUGUCCUGCUUCCUAACAUCUGUAUGGAAAAACUGACACAAUUUCUAAAAGACUGUGAGAAACAAUCUGCUCCUGGACCUCAUGUGUUCCUGCUGGUUCUACAACCUGAAGACUUCACUGAGGAACAGAAGAAGAGGCUCUGCAGAGUCCUUCAACUCUUCAGUGAUCAAUCAUUUGAUCAUUCACUGGUUCUGAUAUCAACACCCAGAGAGGAGAGGACAGGUUGGAUGGAAAAAUACAUGGAACAUCCACCAUUAAAAGACAUGAUCAGAACAUGUAGAUACAGAUACCUGAAGCAGAAGAACCUGAGACAUGCAGAGCUGUUAACACGGUUGGGUCAAAUUGUAAAAGAGAACAAUGGAGGACAUGUUUGCCAUGAGAGAUAUGAGGACACAACUCCUACUUUACCAGUUGAUCAUCAAAGGCCAACACAAAAGGAAACACAGACUCCUAUCUCAGAUGCCGUUAAAGCUGCUGGGCUGCAUGUGAUUAAAGAAACGACUCCACAGCUCUCACUCUUGGGGAAAAAUCCUUUGUCUCACACAUCUGCAUUCAGGAUUGUGCUGCUGGGGAAAAGUGAGAACAAAAAGACAAAACUUGGUAACUUCAUCAUCAGGGACCAAAUUUUUCAUGAGCGGACACAUUCUCCAAAGUGUGUGGCCUCCUGUGGAGAGUGGAAAGGAAAACCAUUAACAGUCGUGAAAACUCCAGACAUGUUCAGUCUGUCUGAGGAGACCAUGAGAAGAGAGGUCAAUAACUGUGUGAGUCUUUGUUCUCCUGGACCAAAUGUUCUGCUGCUGUUUGUGAAACCUUCUGAGUUCACUGAGAGGAACAGAAAAACACUGAAGUUCAUCCUGAGUUUGUUUGGUCAAGAUGCUUUUAGAUACUCAAUGGUCGUCAUAACACAUGAGGGGAUUGAAAUGAGUUUUCCUCUUAAUGACCUCCUUAAAGACUGUGAAGGAAGGCACUACUGGAUGCCUGAAGAUGACCAUAGAUCUUUGAUGGAGAAGAUUGAAGACACAAAGAAAAACUAUGAGACCCUCUUGCCUGCAUGUGAACACAUCAAACCAUCUUUAAACCUGGUUCUGUGUGGGAGGAGAGGAGCAGAGAAGACUUCAGCAGCCAAGGCCAUUUUAGGUCAGACAGAGCUUCAUUCAGUCUCCACCUCAUCAGAGUGUGUUAAACAUCAGGGAGAGGUGUGUGGACGUUGGGUUUCCCUGGUGGAGCUGCCUGCCUUGUAUGGAAAACCUCAGGAGGCAGUGAUGGAGGAAUCACUCAGGUGUAUCUCCCUCUGUGAUCCUGAGGGCGUCCAUGCCUUCAUCCUGGUCCUACCUGUGGGUCCUCCCACUGACAAGGACAAGAAAGAGUUAGAGACCAUCCAGAACACAUUCAGCUCUCCCGUCAAUGACUUCACCAUGAUUCUGUUCACUGUGGAGUCAGAUCCUACAGAUCCAGCUGUUGUUAACUUUGUAAAGAGAAGCAGAUACAUCCAGGAGCUCUGUCAGAGCUGUGGAGGAAGAUCUGUUGUUCUCAACAUCAAGGACAAACAGCAGAUCCCAGAGCUGUUGGAUACUGUUGAAAAGAUGAGACCUUACAAAGACAAACCACUAUGCUAUACAACUGAAACUCUUGUGUACAGCCAAAUGGAAAAGAUCAGCAUGUUACAUGUUAAGAUUAUGGACCUGGAAACAAAAGGCAUGGCCACUUGUGAAGAAGAGAAACAGAGUCCAGAGAGUCUCAGGAUUGUGCUGAUAGGGAAGACUGGCAGUGGAAAGAGCUCUUCAGGAAACACCAUUCUGGGAAGAAAGGUGUUUAAAUCUGAAUCAAGCCAGAAAUCAGUCACCAAACGCUGUCAGAAAGCAGAGAGUGAAGUCGACGGUCGUCCUGUUGUUGUGGUCGACACUCCUGGUCUGUUCGAUAAUAGUUUGUCUCAUGAAGAGGUUAAUGAGGAGAUGGUGAAAUGUGUCAGUCUUCUGGCUCCAGGACCACAUGUCUUCCUGUUGGUGUUACAGAUUGGACGAUUCACACCAGAGGAGAAGGAGACAUUAAAUUUAAUCAAGAAGGGAUUUGGGAAGAAUUCUGAAAAGUUCACCAUUGUUCUUUUAACUGGAGGCGAUUCACUGGAGGAGGAUGAGCUCUCUAUUACAGAAUACAUUGAAGAGAAAUGUGAUGAUUCCUUUAAGAAGCUGAUCUCUGACUGUGGAGGAAGAUACCAUGUGUUUAACAACCGUGAUAAAAAAAAUCCCACACAAGUCAGUGAACUGAUCAACAAGAUCAACACCAUGGUGAAGGAAAAUGGAGGCAGCUGCUACACUAAUGAGAUGCUGCAAGAGGCUGAAGCAGCAAUACAGAAAGAAGUGGAGAGAAUCCUGAAGGAGAAGGAAGAAGAGAUGAAGAGAGAGAGGGAGGAACUAGAGAGAAAACAUGAAGAGGAAAUGCAAGCAAUGAAAAGAAGAAUGGAAGAACAGAGAGCAGAAAUUGAACAAGAGAGAAAACUGAGAGAAAAACAACUCAUGGAGAAAGAAGAAAACAUCAACAAGGAGCGAGAGGAGAGAAAGAAAGAACAGGAGAGGAGAGAAGAAGAAGACAGGAGGAGGAAAGAGCAGGAAGAAAUUCAAAGACAGGAGUGGGAAGAAAAACUAGAAGCUUUGGAGAAAAAAAUAAAAUCAGAAUCCAAAGAAAAGGAAACCAUUGAUAAAAAGUUGGUGCAGAGCAGAGAAGAGAUGAGAAGAGAACGAGAGACCUGGGAAAAAGAAAGAAAAGUAUGGUGGGAAGAACGAUACCGUGAUGCUCGACAAAGCCGAAUGAUGGAGAAAACAAAACUUAAAAAUCUCCAAGAAGAAUAUGAACAGGAAAGAGAAAAGUAUGAAAACAAAAGAAAAGAAGAAGAUCGAAUCAGAAAAGAACAGGAGGAGAAGGAGAGAAAAGAGUUAGAGGAAAACUAUAAGAAAGAAAUGGAGGGCAUGAAGCAGAAAUAUGAAGAGGAGGCCAGAAAACAAGCUGAAGAAUUCAAUGAGUUCAAAGAAAAAUACACCAAAGACUUUGAAGCUCUUAUGGAAAAACAUGAUGAAGAACUCAAGGCCCUGAAGCAACAGCAUGAGAAAGACAAGCAACAGACAGAAGACAAACACAGCAAAGAGUAUAAACUGUUGGAGAAUCUCUCCAGUUACAAUGAAAAAGAACUGAAAGAAAAAAUUGGGAGAAAAGAAAAAGAACUACAAGAUGAAAUGGUGGACAAAAGAAAACUGCAAGACAAAAUGAAGGACAAAGAAAAACGACUCAAAGAACUGGAGGACCUGAAGAAAAAACAACAACAAGAAAUAAAUAAUCUGAAGAAGAAAUACAAAGAGAAAUGUACCAUCUGCUGAUGAUGUUUCCCUCUGCUGAAACUGUGUUAUUCACUGUCCACUAAGAUACAGGGUUAAUACUUCAGGGUUCACUUUUCUGUCAGUAAUACAGACCUUUGACAGUGGUCUUUAAUUGCUUUGUUGGGAAUUUUCUGUAUGCAUACAAAACUUUGUACUUUUUCAGACUUGUUAUUGGGGUGGCUUGGUGGUCUAUUAAUUAGUGAGUUUCAGAGAUGCUGGUCAGCAGAUGUUGUUCCCUGUGGACAGAGCCAGGCUGUGUACACCUGUUUCCAGUCUCUGGGCUGAGCUAAGUCUCAUCUAAGUCUCAGCUAGAAAGUCAAUAUGUAUUUAGAAAUCAGAUGAAAUGCUGUGGCUUGAUAGAUCAAUGAGGUGUAGGGGAGGAUUUAUAUAGAGAUUUUUUUUUUCUGUUUUUUUUCUAAAUAGUUCAUAAGUUGCAUGAAUUUGCUUAAUUGAAAAUUUUAUAACUUAAUUUUAGAUUUUGUUUUACAGUACUGUCAAGUAAGCUGUACUGAGUACCAGAAAAAUAACUCACAGUAAUGAACAGGAUAGAACAACUGGGGCUGGGACUAAGGAUAAGUUGCUUAAAGAUGCUUAAACAAUUUUGAUUUAAUCAUUUACAUUCAUUCUCUUUUUUGGAAAUAGUGUUUGUAAGGAUAAUGCUGAGCACUUGGUUUUAUUAGCAGUAAUCUUGUAGAAGAAAUCUGAAUUAAAUAAUAUUUAAGAUGGGGUGUGAUAUUUUUAGAAGGUUUCUGGGCCAGUCAGGAGAGUGGACAAAAAUUACUAAAGAAGCAACAAAACUGCAAUGUUUUAAACUAGAUCACGGACAAACUAUGACCCAAAAAUAUGAGAUAAAUAUGAGCAAAUGGAAAACAGAUGGAAAUAGUUUACUAGUCUGGGAUCUGAUGGAUAAUGAGUCUUUUAUUGAUGUUCUUCCUAAUUUGCAUUUCUGAACCUUUCUGUAACUAAUUUGGCAGUUGAACUCAUCAUAACAUGUUGAAUUUUAAAUCAUUCAUUAGUAGUUACUGAGUUACUGUUACAUGUUAUGUUACAUGUUUAUUAUUUUAAACGUUUUAACACUAAAACUAAAACAAAUGCAGUUUUUAAAAUAAUUGAUUAAGUAUUCUGCAAAAAAAUGUUGAAAUGUUACCUUUGAUUGCAUGUUAUCCACACUGAUCUUCUCUUUUACUUUGUAAUGAGAAUUUAUUUGUUCACUCUGAUGAUUUUAAUAUUUUAUCUGCAUUUAACCAAUCACAGUUUUUACUGCUGUUGCCUCAUUUGCAUUGGUAGUAUCAAGUAUCAAAUCCUGUCAUUUAAAAUUAAGUAAACCACAAAUUUUCUAAAAUUAAAGGGUUAAAAAAGGCUUGAUGAAUAACUUGCAAUUUUUUAUCAUCUGUUUAGAAUUCAUUAUAAAUGAGCUGAACCAUAACAGUUCACAUUUAUAUCAGGAAUUUGUCAAAACAUUAUUUUUAAAACAUCAAGUUUUCAAAUUACAAUGAACACCAUCAGGAGAAUUACUUCCACAAAAAUGUGUGCUGUUUUGGGUGAGACUGAAUUCCUUUCAUGUAAACUACUUUUUGUAAAAAGAAACACAAUAAAAGUAAGAAAAAAUAACAAACAAAUCAAUUAAAAA